GUUGGACAUUGGACGUGCAACCUUGACAUUAUUUGAAAUGCAUUCGGAACAGACAGAAAUGCAUGUUGAAUUAAUGAAUCUGGAGAACGCUGGUCUCCAAGAUCGCGUUAUAGACUUGGAGAAACGAAGCGCUGAACAAGCUAAUGAAUUGGCAUGUUUAAGAAGUUCACUGGCUGAUUGUCUACGUCGUAUAAAUCUUUUGGAGAAUGCUAGAGGUAUGAAGUUAUAUUCAUCUUCAUUACAUAGACCAAUUUUACAUAAUUAUGGUACUAAUAUAACAAAAAAUAAUUCACGUGCUGAAUCCUAUUCACGAAGACAUGUUAAUUCGAAUAAAAAUCAUACUGGUCAAGCGUCGACUAAUUCACGCGACAGUUCAUUAGCUGUUCCACGUUCUAAGAAUACUACAAGAAAUCGUUUAAAAAGUCCACAGACUAAUCGUCUUAGUUCAUCGUCAACUGCAUUAAAUAGUCAAAGUUCAGGCGGUGGGGGUGGUGGUGGCGCAACACAAAUUAGACGGAAUCGGAAUACUAGUGCUAGUUCAGAGGAUAGACGAUAUCUAGUGACCAAUAAACAUGAACGUGAUACCAAAGCAUUAUCUAUGUAUGAUGGUAAUGAUGAUAUGUUGGUUUCAAGACAAAAUGAACUAAUUAACUAUCCACAAAAAUCAUCUACAUUAAAAUCGAAUGCCUCAUCAUCACGAUACUAUGAAGCAUCUACUGGACCAUCUGGUUAUACAGUAUUCUGGAGAUCAGCAUGUGAUGGUGAUAUGUCUGAGAUAUAUCGAUUAAAUCAGUGUCAAAGUCCACCAGGCGGAGGAGGAGGUCAACACCAAUCUUCGUCUAUGUCAACAUCAUUUCGAAAAACGCAUACUGUAGCACCACCAUUACCGCCUGCUUUACCGCCUUCUUCUCUAUGCUUACCGCCUAAUCUGAUAAGACGUGGUCGUCCGUCGUCGGGACCAUCUUCAGCCUAUUAUGGUGAUGAUGAUCGUUCUGUACAUACUAUAACAUCUACUGGUGGUCGGGCACCGCUACAUCCGACUGCAUGGAAACCUGGUGGAGUGGCAAUAUGUCCAACAAAUCGUGAAACUAUUCCAUUAUUAAACAGACAUCCAAUGGCACCAAAAUUUCAUGAUGACGACGCUAAGGAGACCACCUACCUGCCAGGUGAUGGAAUUUUACGCUUUUACAUUCGUGGACGUCCAGUUAAUGUGUAUAUGCCUACAGAAGUUAUGACAAAUUAUGAUUUAUCAGUUCCACUGAAAGCGCCGGAUAUGACAUUGAAAUUAGAAUGGAUUUAUGGUUAUCGUGGACGUGACUGUCGAAAUAAUCUGCAUUAUUUACCUACUGGGGAAUUGAUUUAUUUUGUUGCAGCAACUGUUGUUCUCUACAAUAUUGAAGAACAAUGUCAACGACAUUAUUUAGAGCAUACAGAUGAUGUCAAAUGCAUUGCUAUUCAUCCGGAUCGGAUUACUGUGGCUACUGGUCAAUCUGCUGGGCAUGAUAAACAAUAUGGAAAGCCUCAUGUAAGAAUUUGGAGUUCUGUUGAUUUGAAGACAUUGAAAAUUAUUGGUCUUGGCGAAUUUGAACGUUCAGUGUGCUGUUUAUCAUUUUCGAAAACAGAUAAUGGAGUUAAACUGUGUGCAGUUGACGAAGCUCAGGAUCAUGUGAUCUCUUUAUGGGAAUGGCAAAAAGGUCGUAAAAUUACAGAGACCAAGUGUUCAACAGAACCGAUAACUGCUAUUGAAUUUCAUCCAUUGGAUGAUGCUACUUUAGUUACAUGCGGGAAAGGACAUUUGGCAUUUUGGACAUUUGAUGGUUGUACGCUUAGCAAGAGAAUGGGAGUAUUUGAGAAUGGUAAACAACCAGUGGAUAAACCGAAAUUCAUACUCUGUUUAACAUUUGCUGAAAAUGGUGACUUGUUGACUGGUGAUUCAGCUGGUAAUAUUAUCGCAUGGAAAAGAGGUACAAAUACAAUUAGUCAAAUAUGCCAAGGAGUACAUGAAGGUGGUAUAUUCUCACUAUGUCUUACAAAUAAUGGACACCUUAUCUCAGGUGGUGGUAAAGAUCGUCGUUUAGUGUAUUUCGAUGCAGCAUUGAAUCCUACUGGUCAUACUCAAGAAUUGCCAGAAAUGUAUGGUGCUGUAAGAACGUUAACUCAAGGUCCUGGAGAAUUAUUAAUUAUUGGUACUACUAAGAAUAUGAUAUUACAGAGUGUUCCUGGUAUGGAAGUCAGUUCUCUAGUAUUUGGUCAUUGUGAAGAAUUCUGGGGCUUAGCGAAUCAUCCACAAGCUCAUCAAUUUUUAACUGGUGGUCGUGAUCACCUAGUAAUUCUAUGGGAUUCCUUAUCAAAACAAGCAAUCUGGUCAAAAGAAUUCACGGAUGCAAUCCACUGUGCUGCAUUCUAUCCUCUCCAGCCAUUGACAAAUGGUACUAUGAGUCCUGAGAAUGGUAUCGAUGAUGUGAAUAAUUUAGACUUCAAUGCAUCAAUGAUGAGCUCACAUGAUUUACUGGUGGUGUUAGGCACUUGUACAGGUCGUUGGUUAGUACUGAAUUGUCUUAAACAAGAAAUUAUUGCUGCACAUUCUGACGGUCUUGGUGAACAAAUUGAAUGCGUCGCCUAUUCACCUGAUGGAAACUAUUUGGCUCUUGGUUCACGUGACAAUGUCAUCUAUGUGUACAGUGUACUAGAACGUGGUUAUAAGUAUAAUCGUGUUGGACGAUGUUGUGGGCAUACAAGUUUUGUUCUACACAUUGAUUGGUCUGUAGAUAGUCGAUAUCUACGCUCAGUAUCUGGAGAUUAUGAAAUAUUGUUUUGGACUGCAUUUGAUUGUCGACAGGUUGUUUCACCGAGUACAUUACGUGAUUUAGAAUGGGCUACUCAAACGUGUACACUUGGCUGGGAAGUGGCUGGUAUCUGGCCACCAGAUUCCGAUGGAACUGACGUUAACGCUUGCGCGCAUAGUCCAACAGCUGAUAUUCUAGCCACUGGAGAUGACUAUGGCAAAGUUAAACUAUUCACCUAUCCAACUAAUAAACCAAAGGCAGAAUUUCGCGCCUAUAAUGGUCAUUCAAGCCAUGUAACAAAUGUCACCUUCUUAUACGAUGGAUCAAGGCUAAUAUCUAUCGGUGGCAAGGAUACAGCUGUACUACAAUGGGAAGUAUGCAUUUGAUUGAUGAUGUUGGGUGAUGCUGAUGAAGUCCACUGAAGUCUGCGUAUUCAUUCAUUCACAUUACAAAAAAAUAAAAAUAAAAUUAAAAAUUUAUAGUAUUAUUUUAGUAGCAUUAUUAAUAUCGUCGUCGUCGUCGCCGUCGCCGCCGUUGUCAACAGCAUGAUCAUAUCAGUAAUUCUACUGUGCGUCUAUUUGCUUCUUUUUUUGUUUCUUUCUUUUAUUUUGUCUAUUUGGUGGAAGUACACACAAUAAUGCCCGUUAGGCAUUCAUAAUAACUGUGAAAAGCCUUCUUCUAGUUGUGUUCAUCACAUGCACACACACACAAACAAACAAACAAACCCCAUACUUGUCUUCUCUCUCUAUCUUUUAUGUAAUUAUUAUUGUUGCUUUCAACACACAGUGGAAUUGAUGCAUUUGUGCAAUGAGUACUUUGAGAUAUUGGACACUAGUGUUCUCUUGUGUUGUAUUGUGUUGUGUUGUGAUGUCUUGUCUAUUCCACUAAAAAUGAUUUGAUUUGUCAAAUGCGCCUAAACAACAAAACAACACGGUUGACGUAGUUCAAUAAUUAACUCACUCUUACGCGUGUGUGUGUGUGUGUAGCUUCACGCGUCUACAUAUAUACCUCAGUGUUUUCCUUCCUUGUCGUUGUUGUACCGUGUUUUCGAUCCUUCUCUUCUCCUUCUCCUCGUCCGCCUCUUCCGCCUCCCUCCCUCUAUUUGUCUAUCUCUUGAUCUCCCUCUGAGAUGUGAUGUUGUUUUUUAAUUCAGAAAACCAAAAAUUACCUAGAGGAGAUAGAAGAUGGAUCGAUAGAUAUCGAACAGUUUUGUUCUAUUGUGGUUUUAAACUUCUAUAUAUACUAUUUCUAUAUCCCAAUAAUAGUUAGUAUAUGCAUAUAUAUACACAUAUACAAUAGAAGAGAGACAUAUAUAUAUAUAUAUAUAUAUAUAAUAACUUUGAGAUUUAUUUGAAACUGAACAGUACUCAUUAUCUCGCUAGUACUGCUACCACUACUACUACUCUCCCUACUCAUAUACAUGAAAUUGUUGGGCUUUUAUUAUUUCGUUUCAUUUGAGGAUGAAAAAAACAAACAUUUUCGUUUUCCCAACUGUCCUCCCUUUGUUUGCGGGGCU